AUGAAAGGUGCACCUCGUAUAAAUACUACACCUGUUACAGCUAAAAAUAUUCGUUAUCGAUCUGCAUCACCAUCUAAUAAAACUGCAAAUGGAAAGAAAAAAAGUACUGUCUCAAUAAAAGAACUUGCAACUAAACGAAAAACAGUUAAAACAACUGAUGUUCAACAAUCACGUUCAAAAUCAUCAAUAGCUCGUCCAGCACGUCCUACGAAUAAUACACGUAGAACUAUUCGUCGACAAACCACUUAUUUAUCUAUACCAUCAAUUGUUAAUGGUAAUUCUAAAGGUGGUCAAGUAUUAGCUGUUGGUGAAAAUGGUAUGACACAAUUAGGUCUUAAAAGUUCUAUUGAUCAACGAAAAAAUCCUCAACCUGUACUUAUUCCUGAACCUAUUGUACAAAUUACUGCUGGUCCUUUACAUUCUGUUUGUUUAACAGAUCAAAAUAAUAUUUAUACAUUUGGUUGUAAUGAUGAACAUGCUUUGGGUCGUCCAGAUAAUAAUGAUGAUGACGAUGAUGAUAGUGAUCCAUUUGGAGAAGUUGAUCUAACUAAAGUAAUAAGAAAUGAUGACGAAAACAUAAUACAAAUUGUUGCUGGUGAUAGUCAUACAUUAAUCUUAUCAAAUCUUGGUAAAGUUUAUGGUAUGUUUUAUCGAUAUUUUUAUAUAUGA